UCAAACCCAAACAAAAACCUCUCACCCCUACACAAUUCUUCAAUGGCGUCCUUACCAAUCUCUCCUCUCUCUGUUUUGCUCCUAAUUUUCCUCCCUGCAAUCUCCGCCGACUACGGCGGGUUGCAGUCAGGCCACGCUACGUUCUACGGCGGCGGUGACGGAUCCGGGACAAUGGGUGGGGCUUGUGGGUAUGGGGAUUUGUACAACCAAGGAUACGGAACGAACACGGCGGCGCUGAGUACGGCUCUGUAUAACGAUGGGCUAAGUUGUGGUUCUUGCUAUGAGAUUACUUGCACUAGUGAUCCCAAUUGGUGUCUUCCUGGAAAAAUCAUUGUGACUGCCACUAAUUUUUGCCCGCCCAACUACGCUCUGCCCAAUGAUGAUGGCGGCUGGUGCAACCCUCCUCUGCAGCACUUUGAUUUGGCUCAGCCUGCUUUCCUUCAGAUUGCUCAGUACAGUGCUGGCAUUGUUCCCGUCUCCUUCCGUAGAGUGCCAUGCGUGAAGAAGGGAGGAAUAAGGUUCACGAUCAAGGGCCAUUCAUACUUCAACUUGGUGCUGAUCACCAACGUCGGCGGCGCCGGCGACGUCCAAUCGGUGUCGAUCAAAGGAUCCAAUACAGAAUGGCAAGCCAUGUCUAGAAAUUGGGGACAGAACUGGCAGAGCAACAAUUACUUGGACGGACAAAGCCUCUCUUUCCAAGUCACCACCAGCGACGGCCGUACCGUCACCAGCUACGACGUCGCUCCGGGCAACUGGCAGUUCGGUCAGACCUUUGAGGGUGCCCAGUUCUGAACAACAAAUUUCAAGAACUUGAUUA